GUGAGUGUGCACUUUGGUAGACCCCCCCGCAGCUGCACAGCACGCAUAGAGUGCUUUCGCCGUUGUGCGCACACAAUUGUGUCCUCCACUUUGUGCUCUCCCCUUUGUGUUCUCCACUUUGUGGGCUAACCCCCCUUUUGAAAUGAACUCCCCUCCUGUGAAAUCGCUGCAAAAUAACACGAAAUGGACUUAGUGAAGCUUGCCAAACAGGGCAGUGCACUGUCUCGAGAGUAUAAGUCCCUCAUAAGGGACAAGGAGAAAAACGCCGGGAGGGAGCGCCUCGCCGCUAUCACGAUACAGAAGUGCUACAGAGGGUAUUUGACCAGGCGGACUUACCUUGUUUAUAAGUACUUUCUAAAGCGCGCGAAGGACGGCAUAGAAAUUCUGGAGUGCAAAUUUUUGCUUAGAAAACUGAAGCAGCAAAGGCUGGAGCAGCAAGCCGUAUUGUACAUGUCGGACAAUGCCACCAAGAUACAGAAGGUCUUCAGGGGGUACUACUCCAGGAAAUACAUUCAUGACUUCUUUAAGCGGAAGAGGGAAAUAAUCGAAAUGGAUGCACACGUAAAGGCACAGAAGGGAAUUAUGCUUCAGGGGAUUGAGGAGAAAAGAAAAAAACAGUUGCUACACGACAAUAAAGUGAAGGACACGAAAAUACAUAACGCUGCGAAAAAUCUGCACCACCUCGUGUCAACGAAGGCGCAGAGGGGGGUCUAUAAUUACAGGAUCGAAAAUAUCAUACGGGAGCAGCAAGAAAAAAUCAAAAACAGCAGCGAAAAAAAAAAAAAAAAUCUACUAAACAAAAAGAAGUAA